UGAGGGGAGACGGAGUGAUUGGCUGCACAUUGGAGCCCAGCUCCUCCCUCGUGAAUCACAUGACUCCCUCCUGGUGUCAUCUGAUGGUGGAAUCUGAAACCCCUCAGUGACCCGACUGAUCCCUGUUCACUAAAUACUACAAUACAUUCAAUGGCUUAAAGCUUCCUCAUGUAAACAUAACAUGGCACUCAUAAUAUAACACAUCGCAAACCAUCACACAUUUUAACCACGUUUAACUCAGUUCAUAUAAUCCAAAAUAAAAUUGUUUGCCCUGCGAGGCUUUCCUACGUCCUUUGCUCAUGAACAACCGACAGGAGUCAAAAACCUCCAAAACAACCUCUUUAGGGAGAAAAUGUGAAAGAAAUGCAUCAGGGAAGGAUUACGCGUCCUUCCCCGGGUUUGAACUUGUGUAGACGAAUUCUAAUUUAGCAGUUUAGUUGACAUAAAUGACUAUAAAUUGUGUUUUAAUUCAUAUUGCAGUUAUUAAUCUAUACAUGCUAAUGUAAUAACUAUUAUCUAAUAACACCCAAACUACAAUUCGAACACCAAUCAUUAUCACAUGUAUUGUAGUUUCCACCACCAUCUCUAACACCAUCAGGACCACUGGUUGUUACGUCUGAAUUAUAUUGGAUACAGUUUCUUGCAAAGAAAACUCUGAAAGAGUUUGUAAGAGUGUUUUGUCACCUAAACCCUGAAAAACCAAAGAGUAGUGACGUUUGUUUGGAAGGAUGCUACGGUGCAUCAGCUGUAGCUCACAGCAUUCCUGCCUUUCAGCUCCGGACUUCACAACCUGUCUGCAAAUGGGUGAAGCAUAGCUGCUGCACCCAGACUGACACCGCCUGCCUCCCUGUGUGGGGCAGUUGGGGGUCACCUGUACUGUAGUAACUGAAUGAUUGUUUUACAGCCUGUUUAGUACGUUACGUUUCCACUGAGAUAUGUUGUCACAUGCUCGCGUGUUCUGGACUGUUCUGCAGUCUCCCACUCGCUUCUGGCUGUGGCGUAAAGUUCAUCGGAUUCUUUUAUCCAUCUGUUCUGACGGCGUUCUGUCAUUUGAAGCGGGUCUGUUGGCGGUCACAGCCCUGCAGCCUUAAAGCAGUUAAACUCAGCUGCAAAGGUUCAUCACUAUCUGAGAAGAAAGAGCUUUUUCUCCGGUUACCAGAUGUUUAACCAGAGGUGUUGGAAGACUUCUGCUUUCUCCUCAAACAAUUGGAGAAGAAUGGAAUUUUGUUGGUGGUACGACGUCAAUAAAUCCAGCAGCAGAUGAUCCAUCAGCAGCGUUUUCAGCAACUAUUUCUCUGAUAGGAUGUUGUUAUAAUUUGGUAAUUAGGACAAAUUGACAUUUAGGCUCUCCAAGAAACAAUUCUUGGUUUUAUCUCCAAGUGCUACUAAGCUUUGUUCUCCGUGGUGAGCCACCUGGAGACAACAAGGGAUGUGACACGUGGGCUUGGGCUGCGUAUGGUUUCGCCUACAGCUUCAGGCUGUUAGAGUGUUGGCGUGGCGCGUCUCACACCCUUUGUGUCGUAUGCCUGAACUCACUUUUUACACUUGAAGGUUUUUUCACACCCAGCCACAGUGAUUCAAUACUUCAACCACCACAAAUAGAAUGAGAGAUUACAACUGUGAGACCCACAGAACCACGGCUUAAACCUGACAAGCAUCACAACAAAGAGUCUGUAGUAAUCAUGUAUUUCAUGCAGUUGAUUUGUGACAUUGUAAAGCUAGAUUUCCUGUAAUAAAGACCAUCGUGCUGCCAGGUCAUGUGUAUCUCAUUCAAAUGUCUUUAAUACCACUGAUUUGACCUGAUCACCCACAGCACAAGGUUUUAAAAUCUCCUCAGUCACCAGUGAGGAGACAUCAGCUGCAAUUGCAAUUCAUGGACAAUUAUUAUAUUUUCAGAAUUUCCUCCAUAGAGUUUCCUAAAUUGUGUUAGUCCAUGCUGCCUGACUGACAUCUGAACGCUACACUGUGGUCUCUUCGUAGGAGAGACUCAAUAUUUAUUUUGAAGCCGUGAAGGAAAGUCGGAAUGUAACAAGUAACAGAUUGAGAGAAGAAAGGCUGCACGCACAAGGGGGUGUGAACAGUUAAAUGCCACAGGGAUCCCCAGUGAAGCUGUGUGUGUGUGUGUGUGUGUGUGUGUGUGUGUGUGUGUGUGUGUGUGUGUGUGUGUGUGUGUGGGACAGUCAGUCGUCAGUCUCACCAUGGCUGUUCUCUCUGCAGAGGUCCUACGCUGGCAUGCUCGCGUUGAAGAGCUGGAGGAGGAGCUGGAAGCUGAGCGGGCCAUCAGGGCCAAGGUGGAGAAGCAAAGAGCAGAUCUAACUAGAGAACUGGAUGAUCUCACUGACCGACUUGAGGAGGCAGGAGGGAUCACCGCGUCACAGAUGGAGGUGAACAAGAAGCGAGAGGCUGAGUUGCAGCGUCUGAGGCGAGAACUGGAGGAAACUUGUGUCCAGUCGGAAGUGCUGGCUGCUUCUCUGAAGAAACGGCACAGUGAUGCCAUGGCAGAGCUGAGUGAGCAGUAUGAAGCUCUGCAGCGGACCAGAGCCAAACUCGAGAAAGAGAAGCAGAGUCUGAGGAUGGAGGUGGAUGAGCUGACUGCUUCGCUGGAGAGUCUGCAGAAAGCAAAGACAUCUUCAGAAAGCCAGAUGAAGAAGCUGGAGGAGCAGCUGUCAGAAGCCAACAGGAGAGGAGACGACCUGCAGAGGAACCAGACUGAGCUCAGUGUGGCCAGGAACAGACUAACAGCUGGUAAUGCAGAUAUAAGUCGACAGAUGGAGGAGGCAGAGACCAGAGCCAGCCAGCUGAGCCGCUCCAAGGCUCUGCUCCAAUCCCAACUGGAAGAAUUAAAGAAACAUCUGGACGAGGAGAUCAAAUGUAAGCAUGCGCUCAGCAGCAGUCUGAGCACCGUGCUGCAGGAGUGUGAGGUGCUGAAGGAGCAGGUGGAGGAGGAGCAGGAGAGCAAGCAGGAGCUGCAGCGUCUUGUCUCCAAACUCAACAGCGAGAAGACGCACUGGAGGACGAAGCAUGAGACAGACGCCAUACAGCACGCCGACAAGCUGGAGGACACAAGGAAGAAGUUGGCAACCAGACUUCAGGAGGCCGAGGAAGCUGUGGAAGCCACGCAAGCCAAAUGUUUGUCGCUGGAGAAAACCAAACAGAGGCUGCAGGGAGAGGUGGAGGAGCUGUGCAUAGACCUGGAGAAGGCCAGCAGCUGCGGUCAGGCUCUGGAUAAGAAGCAGCAGGUCCUGGAGAAGCAGCUAGGAGACUGGAAGCAGAAGUGUGAGGAGCUGGUGGCUGAGGUGGAAGGCUGCCAGAAGGAGAGCAGGCAACACACCAGCGAGCUCUUCAAACUCAAGACGACCUACGAAGAGUCUCUGGAGCAGCUGGAGGCCCUACGCAGGGAGAACAAGGUCUACCAGGAGGAGGUAGCUGACCUGACAGACCAGCUUUCAGAUGGAGGUAAAAGUGUUCAUGAGCUCCAGAAAGCAAAGAAGAAGAUUGAGAUGGAGAAAGAAGAGUUACAGGCCUCACUGGAAGAGUCUGAAGCAGCUUUGGAGGUUGAGGAGACCAAGGUGCUGAGGUUACAGCUGGAGUUGUCUCAAGCUAAAGGAGACCUGGAGCGCAGACUUCAGGAGAAGGAGGAAGAGAUGGAAGCUGCUAGAAAAUGCCACCAGAGGGCGCUGGAGUCCCUGCAGGCCACUCUGGAUGUGGAGGUGAAAGGAAAGGCAGAGGGGCUGAAGUUGAAAAAGAAAUUGGAGGCUGACAUCAAUGAGCUGGAGCUACAGGUGGAACUCUUCACCAAGAGCAAUGCAGAGCUCAGCAAGAGCAGCAAGAAGAUGCAGCUACAGAUUAAGGAGCUGCAGACCCAGUUGGAGGAGUCGGUAAGGAGCCUUGAGGCGUGCCGGGAGGAGCAGUUGGCCAUGGAACGACGCUGCUCUUUAUUGGUUAGUGAAGGGGCGGAAACUUGUGCAUCCCUGGAGAUCACAGAGAGAUCCUGCAAGGCCUUGGAGAUGGAGCUGCAGAAUACCAGGGAGAAACUCAGCGACCUAAACAACCAGUUCCAGUUAACUCUUAGUGCGAGGAGGAAGCUGGAGGUGGAUCUUCAGACUCUGCUGCAGGAGCAUGAGGAGCUGCAAGGAGCGCUAAGAGGAUCCAUGGACAAGUCUAAGAAGGCCAGCUCUGAGUUGGCUCGAGUGGGGGAAGAGCUGCGUCUGGAGCAGGAACACACCCUCCACAUGGAGAGAGUGAAGAAAGGUUUGGAUGCUCAAAUCAAAGACAUGAGCACCAGGCUGGAUGAGGCCGAGCAGAUGGCUCUGAAAGGAGGCAAGAAGAUCAUCCAGAAGUUGGAGGGAAAGGUAAAGGAGAUGGAGCUGGAGUUGGAUUCAGAGCAGAAGCGGCACGCUGAGGCUGUGAAGACGCUGCGGAAGAACGAGCGCCGUCUGAAGGAACUGCUAUUCCAGUCAGAGGAGGACCAGAAGAACCAGCACAGGAUGCAGGAGCUGGUGGAAAGGCUGCAGAACAAGUUGAAGGCCUACAAGAGACAAGUGGAGCAGGCUGAGGAGCAAGCUAACAUGAACUUAGCAAAGUACAGGAAGACCGUCAAUGAGUUGGAUGACGCUGAGGAGCGAGCCGACAUUGCUGAGUCAGCACUCACUAAGAUCAGGACCAAGAACAGAGGCAGUUUUGGCAAAGGACACUCUUCUGGUUACAGCACGCCGUACCCCGGCAUGGUCAGAUCCCCCAGCCCUGUGGGCUCAGAGGGCAGGGGGCACAAGAUCCUCAACGACGACAACGAGUCGGUCAGCUCACUCAUCCCAGCGUACCUCGACUCUCUGAAAAAGCUAAUGGUCGAUUAGAAGAAACAACCAGCCACUUUCCAGGCAGAUCUCAGUUCGAAGCUGCUCAAACUUCACAAGUCAUUCAGGUCACGAGCACAUGAUUUAGUGUGUCACGUGUUUGUGUAUUGGACCUUUUUAAAAUGUACUCAGAGAUGUAGAGAUGACUCUAACUGCAGGAUCCUUACGUUAAUAACACAAUCCAACACAUCUACUGCUUAAUGGAAUAUUUGUAUGUGAAAACAGAUUGGAUAUGGGAAACAGUACUGUAAUUGUGUUCCAACUUGCCAGAAGUCAGCACUGUCCCAGGAUCAGAAAGACUCUUGUUAGGCUGGCAAAAAGCAAAAUUCCCUCAGCUGUAUUGCACACUCUGCAUUCACAGAGGUCCAAACUAGUCAGGCUUGCAUUAUUAUACUUCUCUCUCGCUGUGCUAUUAUAUAUAUACGAUAAUCACAUUUUUACAUUCAAUGAGAAAGCGUGUCCAAACUUUUGACUAGUAUGUACAACAACGCAUAGUUGUAAUUUUUUAACAACUAAUUUUUCAUUAAUAAAAUGGAAAUAUGUAUCCCAUGCCA